CUGGUAGCCAAUCGGCUACUCGCAAGAGCAGUUUGGCAGCCUUCCGGAAGCGGUGAGGCGCACCAGUGGCGCUCUGGCGUGGGCACCUACUAUAGCUGCCGCGGGAUUUGUCCUGUAACCUGCCAGGAGCUGGCGGCCGAGCAGACAUGAAUGUUGGAGUUGCCCACAGUGAGGUAAACCCCAAUACUCGUGUAAUGAAUAGCCGUGGUAUGUGGCUGACAUAUGCUUUGGGAGUUGGCCUGCUUCACAUUGUAUUUCUCAGCAUCCCCUUCUGCAGUGUUCCUGUUGCCUGGACCUUAACAAACAUAAUACAUAAUCUGGUGUCCCCGUGUAUUCUUGCUGGUGAGGUCGCGCAGGACAUUUGGUGCCGAGAACCCGGGACGCCACACCAUCGCCAGGCGCUGACAGAGGAGGUCCUCCGUCCGCAGAGAGAAUCCAAAAAGCUGCAGGACGCGGGUAAGGCCCUGAGAGACAUGCUUAGUCUUGAUCUGUUCCACUUCACUCCCCUGCAAAUCGUUUUAGCAGCCCUCAUGCUUUCUCUAUUGGCCUUUGAGUUUUUGGCUGCUGCCAGACAGCAUCAGAGGUCGCAUGGGAGCCGCCCAGCUGUAAUAGCAAAGCAGAGAGUGCUAGGGCAAGUACAAGACGGCAUGUCAGAAACAGGGUGGGGUAAAAAAUUAAAGAGCUCAAGGAAAAAAGAUAAAAAUAAGCAGACAGUCACUUCCAAAGACUUCAGAUCUGCGGAGGUGAGAGAUUGGGGAAAAAACGCCCCGGGAGAGAUGAAACAGAGAAGGGAAAAAAAAGUCUUGAAAAGGAGAAGUCGUUAUCCGUUAAAGGAAUUAAAGGCUUCAGAGCUUGAUAGCUCAGAGACAGAUGAGCUUAGCUCCUCUGAGGGAGAGGAUUUAGAAGAUGAGGCAGCUCGCUAUGAAGAAGAAGGAUACUACCCAGAUGAACAACGAGCUAACAGCUUGGGUAAACAGAAGGAAGUGGGAGGUGGAAACCAUGCGGUUUCCCAGCCUAUAAGCCCCAGCGCCCCUCCAUCUUAUAUGGAGAGAUUCCACUCAGAUUCCUUCCUCACUAAAGAGGAACAGAAAAAGAUACAGCAGGCAUUUCCGAAGUUUGAGGCCGCCGAUGGAGGCCGUGUUCACGCACCAGUAGAAUAUGUUCAAAUUAUGGAACUUGCCGAGUCGGUCCAUAACUAUGGAGUUAGUGCCAAUUUUACUAUUGCUCAAGUCGAGAGGCUUGCCACUCUGGCCAUGACUCCAGGAGACUGGCAGACAACAGUGAAGGCUGCGCUCCCUAAUAUGGGACAAUAUGUGGAAUGGAAAGCCUUGUGGUAUGACGCCUCUCAGGCACAGGCCAAAGUCAAUGCCAUUGCUGAAGGCGAUUAGAGAGAUUGGACACUUGAUCUGCUAACAGGACAAGGGCAGUAUGCCAAUAAUCAAACAAACUAUGACUGGGGAGCAUACGCUCAAAUCUCUGCUGCCGCCGUUAAGGCGUGGAAGGCACUUUCCAAGAAGGGAGAGUCUGGGGGACACUUAACGAAAAUUAUACAAGGCCCCCAGGAGCCAUUCUCAGACUUUGUGGCUAGGAUGAUGGAGGCAGCAGGCAGGAUCUUUGGAGACCCUGAACAGGCAAUGCCUUUAGUGGAACAGUUGGUCUAUGAGCAAGCCACACAGGAAUGCAGAGCAGCUAUUACACCUAGGAAGAGCAAAGGAUUACAGGACUGGCUGAGAGUUUGCCGAGAACUUGGAGGCCCGCUUACUAAUGCCGGCCUCGCGGCUGCUAUCCUACAGGACCAAAAGUGCUCAGGUACAGGUGAUCGCAGGGUCUGCUAUAACUGUGGCAAACCAGGACAUCUGAAAAAGGAGUGUCAGGCCCUCACAAAGAAGAGAGCACCAGGACUGUGUACUAAGUGUGGGAAAGGCUAUCAUUGGGCUAGUGAGUGUCGCUCAGUUAAAGAUAUCAGAGGCAGGCUUAUUCAGCCCGGGCCUCCCCAGGCAGAAGGGGGUGAAAAUACUCCAAAAAACGGGUAUCUUGGCCCCAAGUCUCAGGGCCCCAAAACAUAUGGGACUCCAGCUCACAACAGACGGACACCACGGUUCACAGAGCUACAAAAGGCUCAGCAGGAAUGGACCUCUGUUCCACCACCCAAUUCAUAUUAAUGCCACUGAUGGGUGUGCAACCUGUCCCCACUGACUACAAAGGCCCCCUACCCUUAGGAAGUGUCGGCCUUAUUUUGGGUUGAUCCUCCUUAACCUUAAAGGGACUUAUUGUUCACCCUCGAAUAAUAGAUCAAGAUUACACGGGAGAACUUCAAGUUCUCUGCUCUUGCCCUCAAGGCGUUUUUUUCCAUCUUCUCAGGUGACAGGAUUGCUCAGUUGAUUAUCCUUCCAAGCUUACAUGAUCAUUUCCCUUCUUCCGUGGUCCCUAGAGGCCCCGCGAAGUUUGGCUCUUCCGGGACUGAUUCUGCUUAUUUAAUGAUGGACCUUAAUUCUGGACCCUCUUUAGAGUUGAAUAUAGAAGGGAAAACUUUUACGGGAAUUCUAGAUUCAGGGGCUGAUAAGAGCAUUAUCUCCUCUAGUUGGUGGCCUAAGGCAUGGCCUGUCACUCAAUCAUCCCAUUCCUUACAAGGACUAGGGUAUGAGGCCAGCCCCACUAUCAGCUCACGCUCCUUGAUCUGACAUGCUCGAGAAGGCCAAUCAGGAAGGUUCAUUCCUUAUGUCCUCCCUCUUCCUGUUAACCUUUGGGGGAGGGAUGUCUUACAGGGUCUAGGACUGACAUUGACCAACGAGUACUCUCGACAAACUGUCGAGAUUAUGAAGAGAAUGGGCUACGAGGAAGGGAAGGGAUUAGGAAAAAAGGAACAAGGAAAAUUAGAACCAGUCCCACAAGAAGGUAAUAUAGGAAGGCAAGGCCUGGGUUUUUCCUAGGUGCCAUUGAGGGUUCUAUGCCCAUACCCUGGCUUACGGAGGAGGUAAAAUGGGUUCCUCAAUGGCCUCUAUCCUCUGAAAAAUUGGAACCUGCCACUAAAUUGGUUAAUGAACAAUUACAGCUUGGUCAUUUAGAACCGUCCAUUUCACCAUGGAAUACUCCUAUUUUUGUGAUAAAGAAAAAAUCAGGAAAAUGGAGACUUCUCCAUGAUUUGAGAGCCAUUAAUGCACAGAUGCGUUUAUUUGGCUCGAUCCAACGAGGCCUACCCUUACUCUCCGCCUUACCUAAGCAAUGGAAGAUAAUAAUUAUAGACAUUAAGGAUUGUUUCUUUUCCAUCCCCUUGUGUCCACAAGACAGACAGAGGUUUGAUUUACUAUACCAGCUAUUAAUCAUCUUGAACCUGAUAAGAGAUUUCAGUGGAAGGUCCUGCCUCAAGGCAUGGCCAAUAGCCCCACUAUGUGCCAACUAUAUGUGCAACAAGCCCUUGAACCUAUAAGGAAGCAAUUUCCAUCUUUGCUUCUGGCUCAUUACUGGAUGAUAUUCUAAUGUGUGAUAGAGAUUUAACAACCUUACAGACCUCAUAUCCCAUCUUAAUUUAAACAUUGGGACAAUGGGGACUACAAGUCGCUACAGAAAAGGUUCAAAUUGCAGAAACUGGCUCAUUUCUGGGAUCGGUCAUUUAUCCUGAAAAAAUAUUUCCUCGGAAAUUAGAGAUUCGCAGAGAUCAUUUACAUACCUUAAAUGAAUUCCAAAAAUUAUUGGGAGAUAUAAAUUGGCUGAGACCAUUUUUAAAGAUUUCCUCUGCUGAGUUGAAACCUUUAUUUGAUAUUUUGGAAGGGGACUCUCAUAUCUCCUCUCCGAGAGCAUUGACGCCAGCCGCAAACCAGGCCUUACAAGAUGUAGAAAAUGCCUUACAGGAUGCUCAAUUGCAGCGCAUUGAUGAAACCAAGCCUUUUGAUUUGUGUGUUUUCAAAACUAUACAGUUACCAACAGCUGCCUUGUGGCAGGAUGGGCCUUUAUUAUGGAUCCAUCCCAAUGCAUCUCCUGCUAAGAUUAUUGACUGGUAUCCUGAUGUGGUUGCUCAGCUUGCACUCCGCGGGUUGAAGGCAGCUAUUACUCAUUUUGGGAAAGAACCCAAAAUUUUGAUAGUACCAUAUACAGCCAUUCAGGUUCAACAUUAGCUGCUACCUCAAAUGCUUGGGCAGUGUUAGUUACUUCCUUUGCUGGACAGAUUGAUAAUCAUUAUCCAAAACACCCGAUCCUACAAUUUGCUUUAAGCCAAGCCAUUGUGUUCCCACACAUAAUGUCUCAGAAACCACUUGUUGAUGGGGUUGUAGUGUAUACAGAUGGGUCAAAAACUGGUGUAGGUGCUUAUGUGGUCAAUAAUAAGGUAGUAUCUAAGCAGUAUAAUGAAACCUCACCUCAAGUUGUGGAAUGUUUAGUGGUGCUAGAGGUCCUCGAGAUCUUCCCAGGCCCGCUUAACAUUGUGUCAGAUUCUUCCUAUGUGGUUAAUGCAGUUAAGUUUCUUGAGGUGGCUGGAUUAAUCAGGCCUUCCAGCAAACUUGCUCAAAUUUUUCAACAAAUUCAAUCUACCCUUCUCGGCAGGAGAUCCCCUGUAUUUAUAACACAUAUUAGAGCUCACUCGGGCCUUCCUGGUCCAAUGUCCCGCGGAAAUGACCUAGUGGACCAAGCUACAAGAGUGAUUGCAGUUGCCUUGUCCCCCCAAUUAGAUGUAGCAAAAGAAUUUCACAGACAAUUUCAUGUGACGGCUGAAACUUUAUGCCACCGAUUUGCUUUGACUAGAAAAGAAGCUAGGGAGAUAGUUACCCAAUGUCAAAAUUGUUGUCAAUUCCUGCCUGUACCACAUGUGGGAGUUAACCCACGAGGAAUCCAACCGCUACAGGUCUGGCAAAUGGAUGUUACUCAUAUCCCUUCUUUUGGAAGACUUCAGUAUCUGCAUGUUUCUAUUGAUACAUGCUCUGGCAUCAUGUUUGCUACACCUCUAACAGGAGAAAAGGCCUCGCAUGCAAUUCAACAUUGCCUCGAGGCGUGGAGUGCUUGGGGUAAACCCAAACUCCUUAAGACAGACAAUGGACCAGCUUAUACUUCUCAAAAAUUUCAACAAUUCUGCCACCAGAUGGAUGUGACUCAUCUGACUGGUCUCCCGUAUAAUCCUCAGGGACAGGGCAUUGUAGAACGUGCCCAUCGCACUCUCAAAUCCUAUUUAAUUAAACAAAAAGGGGGAGUCGAGGAGGCUCUACCCUCAGUACCAAGAGAAGCUGUUUCCAUGGCACUCUUCACCCUUAAUUUUUUAAAUCUUGACGCCCAAGGCCAUACUGCGGCCGAACGCCACUAUUCAGAGCCUGAUAGACCAAAAGAGAUGGCAAAAUGGAAAGAUGUUCUGACUGGUCUAUGGAAAGGCCCGGAUCCUAUUUUAAUAAGAUCCAGGGGAGCGGUUUGUGUUUUCCCACAGGAAGAAGACAACCCAUUCUGGCUACCGGAACGACUGACACGGAGAAUUCUGACGCCUAAAAAUGACUCCUGGAUGGAUCCCUCGGAAACUACCUCUAGCCCUCACACUGCCUCUUUGGAUUUGGAUUCCUAGUACUUCAAAGAAUGAGUGGGGGUGGCUCUGUUUGGUGCAGCCCUAUGCUGUGGAUUAGUGUUCAUGCUAUGGUUGGUUUGCAAACUCAGAUCUCAACAGAAACGUGACAAGGCCGUUAUCACUCAAGCACUUGUGGCCAUUGAACAAGGGGCCUCCCCUAAAAUUUGGUUAUCUAUCUUCAAAAAUUAGUCGGUAUCUGAGUUCUCUGCUCUUGCACCCCAUGGAUCUGUGGAUCCAUUGCACUGGGAUGCGAGAGACUUAAUGAUUCUUUGAUCAGCCCUUCUACAUCGCUGAGGUUUCCUCAUUGCACGCGAUAGGGUGAUCAUGAUUUCCCCACUAACUCAUUUUCUGGCUGGCCUCUUUUUAGAGUUCGCCCUAGGUCAUUUAACAGUUACUGUCACACAGCACUGCGGUAUCCAGAGACGGGCAACUUUCCUCAUGCACAGACCAAUCUAAGACACGGGGCCCAGUGGCGAUAGGGUUACCCUUCGACGGAUAAGGCUGUGACAUAGAGGAACGACCUAAGACAGGAGCCACAGCAGAUGGACGUAACUGCAGGGACCUAGACCAGCCUAGACAAUAAUUUAUUGUUAUUAAUAAAAUAAUAAGGGGGAGAUGUAGAGGGCCGCAAUAACAUUCGCCACCACAAGAUGGCGCUGGCUUCCACUGCGCCCCACGUGGAAGGCCGAGAUAGCUUUGCCAUUACAAGAUGGCGCUGGCCUCCGCCGCGCCAGCUGACUUCCUUUCAGGAAGUUAACUGUGUGCGCAUGUGCAAGAGUGCCUUUGUGCCAGGUCUUUGCGCACUCCGGGGCGUGCCUAAUGAGAUCAUGGGUAAGCGACCAAUCAGGUGUGGAUGCGCCGCGCUAGGGUGUAUAUAAGCCGCGCCAUGCCGGUGCUCCUGGCCUCUCUUUAAGAUUCAAUAAACGUUUUAGCUGCAGUAAGGA